CGUAGCGCCGGUUCGUUCCCGGCUGGGGCUCCUGCGGCUCACGCUCCUCCUACCGCUCCCCACUCCCCCCAGCCCGCCGCGGCCCGGUACCAGCGUGUUAUCCCCGCAAGGGAGCGGUCCGUGCCUUGUGCUCCCAGGACUGCCGUGGUGCGCUCUCGCGGCGCGUGGCAGUAGCCAUGGCGAUGGAUCAAGUGAACGCGCUGUGCGAGCAGCUGGUGAAAGCGGUGACCGUCAUGAUGGACCCCAGCUCCACCCAGCGCUAUCGGCUGGAAGCCCUCAAGUUUUGUGAGGAGUUUAAAGAAAAAUGCCCUAUCUGUGUCCCCUGUGGCUUGAGGUUGGCUGAGAAAACACAAAUUGCCAUCGUCAGACAUUUUGGCCUUCAGAUCCUGGAACACGUUGUCAAGUUUCGGUGGAACAGCAUGUCUCGAUUGGAGAAGGUCUAUCUGAAGAACAGUGUCAUGGAACUGAUUGAAAAUGGAACACUGAACAUUCUGGAAGAGGAGAACCAUAUUAAAGAUGUUCUAUCUCGAAUUGUAGUAGAAAUGAUCAAGCGGGAGUGGCCGCAGCACUGGCCUGACAUGCUCAUGGAAUUGGACGUUCUUUCCAAACAAGGGGAAACACAGACAGAAUUAGUGAUGUUCAUCCUUCUGCGACUGGCAGAGGAUGUAGUGACCUUUCAUACACUGCCCUUUCAAAGAAGAAGGGAUAUCCAGCAAACGUUAACCCAGAACAUGGAAAGAAUCUUCAGUUUUUUACUUAACACACUUCAAGAAAAUGUAAACAAGUACCGGCAAGUGAAGACAGAUAAUUCUCAGGAGUCAAAGGCUCAAGCCAACUGUCGAGUAGGCGUCGCAGCGCUGAGCACGCUCGCAGGCUACAUUGACUGGGUGUCCAUGAGUCACAUUACUGCUGAGAGCUGUAAGCUCCUGGAGGUGCUCUGCCUGCUUCUCAAUGAGCAGGAACUUCAGCUGGGAGCAGCCGAAUGUCUUCUCAUUGCUGUCAGCAGAAAAGGCAAGUUGGAAGACCGGAAACCCCUAAUGGUCUUAUUUGGAGAUGUUGCCAUGCAUUACAUACUCUCUGCCGCACAGACUGCUGAUGGAGGAGGCUUGGUAGAAAAACACUAUGUCUUCUUGAAGAGGCUCUGUCAAGUGUUGUGUGCUCUGGGCAAUCAGCUUUGUGCAUUGCUGGGUGUGGAUUCUAACGUAGAAACACCAGCAAACUUUGGAAAAUACCUGGAAUCUUUUCUUGCUUUCACAACACAUCCAAGUCAGUUUCUACGCUCUUCGACUCAGAUGACUUGGGGAGCUCUCUUCCGGCAUGAGAUCCUGUCCCGUGACCCUUUGCUAUUAGCAAUAAUACCGAAAUAUCUUCGUGCGUCUAUGACUAACUUGGUCAAGAUGGGCUUUCCCUCUAAAACAGACAGCCCUAGUUGUGAAUAUUCUCGAUUUGAUUUUGAUAGCGACGAGGACUUCAAUGCUUUCUUCAACUCCUCCCGGGCCCAACAAGGAGAGGUAAUGAGGUUAGCAUGUCGUUUGGAUCCCAAGACUAGCUUCCAGAUGGCUGGGGAAUGGCUAAAGUAUCAGCUGUCAACUUCCAUUGAUACUGGAUCCAUGAACUCUGCAACUGGAGAAAGCGGCCUCUGCUCCAUCUUCUCACCUUCCUUUGUGCAGUGGGAAGCCAUGACUGUUUUUUUGGAAAGUGUGAUCAACCAGAUGUUUCGAACACUAGACAAAGAAGAAAUCCCUGUUAAUGAUGGAAUAGAGCUAUUGCAGAUGGUCCUGAACUUUGACACCAAGGACCCCCUCAUUCUGUCUUGUGUCCUCACUGAUGUCUCAGCACUCUUUCCAUUUGUCACCUACAGACCAGAGUUCCUGCCCCAGGUCUUCUCUAAGCUGUUUUCAUCUGUCACUUUUGAAACUGUCGAAGAAAGUAAGGCCCCCAGAACCCGGGCAGUGAGGAAUGUGAGGAGACAUGCUUGUUCCUCCAUCAUCAAGAUAUGUCGUGACUACCCUCAGCUUGUACUGCCCAAUUUUGACAUGCUUUAUAACCACGUGAAGCAACUCCUCUCCAAUGAGCUACUCCUGACACAAAUGGAGAAGUGUGCCCUCAUGGAAGCGCUGGUUCUCAUUAGCAACCAAUUCAAGAACUACGAGCGUCAGAAGGUGUUCCUGGAGGAGCUGAUGGCACCAGUGGCCAGCAUCUGGCUUUCUGAAGACAUGCACAGGGUGCUGUCCGAUGUCGAUGCAUUUAUUGCCUACGUGGGUGCAGAUCGGAAAAGCUGUGACUCGGGCCUGGAGGAUCCCUGUGGCUUAAAUCGUGCACGAAUGAGCUUUUGUGUAUAUAGCAUUCUGGGUGUUGUGAAACGAACUUGCUGGCCCACCGACCUCGAAGAGGCCAAAGCUGGGGGAUUCGUGGUGGGUUAUACGCCCACUGGAAAUCCAGUCUUCCGUAACCCCUGCACAGAGCAGAUUCUGAAACUUCUUGACAAUUUGCUUGCUCUUAUAAGAACUCACAAUACUUUAUAUGCACCAGAAAUGCUAGCCAAAAUGGUAGAGCCUUUCACAAAGGCUCUGGAUAUGCUUGAAGCGGAAAAAUCUGCUAUUUUAGGAUUACCUCAGCCUCUCUUGGAACUGAAUGACUCUCCUGUUUACAAAACAGUCUUGGAAAGAAUGCAGCGUUUCUUCUCUACCCUCUAUGAAAACUGCUUCCACAUCCUGGGGAAGGCAGGCCCUUCCAUGCAGCAGGACUUCUACACCGUGGAGCACCUGGCCACCCAGCUCCUCAGCUCAGCCUUCGUCAACUUGAACAAUAUUCCUGACUACCGACUCAGACCCAUGCUUCGGGUCUUUGUGAAGCCUCUGGUGCUCUUCUGCCCCCCCGAGCACUACGAAGCCCUGGUGUCUCCCAUCCUUGGGCCUCUGUUCACCUACCUCCACAUGAGGCUUUCCCAAAAAUGGCAAGUCAUCAACCAGAGGAGCCUGCUGUGUGGAGAAGAUGAGACCGCAGAUGAAAACCCAGAGUCUCAAGAGAUGCUAGAGGAACAACUGGUGAGGAUGUUAACCCGAGAAGUCAUGGACCUCAUCACGGCAUGCUGUGUUUCAAAGAAAGGUGCUGACCACAGUGCUGCCCCCCCUGCAGAUGGAGAUGAUGAAGAGAUGAUGGCCACAGAGGUAGUAACCCCGUCGGCUGUGGCGGAGCUCACAGACCUGGGCAAAUGCCUAAUGAAGCAUGAGGAUGUUUGUACGGCGCUAUUAAUUACAGCCUUCAAUUCCCUGGCCUGGAAGGAUACUCUGUCCUGCCAGAGGACGACCACACAGCUCUGCUGGCCCCUCCUCAAACAAGUGCUGUCAGGGACACUGCUCGCAGAUGCUGUGACGUGGCUUUUCACCAGCGUGCUCAAGGGCUUACAGACGCACGGGCAGCAUGACGGCUGCAUGGCGUCCCUGGUCCACCUGGCCUUCCAGAUCUAUGAGGCGCUGCGUCCUAGGUACCUGGAGAUAAGAGCUGUUAUGGAGCAGAUCCCUGACAUACAGAAGGACUCUCUGGACCAGUUUGACUGCAAGCUUUUGAACCCGUCUCUGCAGAAAGCUGCCGACAAGCGCCGGAAGGACCAAUUCAAACGCCUCAUUGCUGGUUGCAUUGGGAAACCCUUGGGAGAGCAGUUCCGAAAAGAAGUUCACAUUAAGAAUCUUCCCUCACUUUUCAAGAAAACAAAGCCUAUGUUGGAGACAGAGGUGCUGGGCAACGAGGAAGGUGGCCUGGCCACCAUCUUUGAACCCUGAAGCAAGCUUUGGGCAUCCUUCCUCGGCCUUUGUUGCCAUCUCUUCUUCCCCUUCGUAGCUAAUCUCUAGGCCUCUGUCAACUGCCACCUCACUUACCACCAUCGUCAGCCUGGAGAUACUCAGCUCUGGAGCUGGAAGAGUGGGCCCUGUGCAGGGCCAGAAGUAACUGUACUGAAGUAUCAAGCAAGGGAGUGAGGGCUAAUACCAUGCUGUCUAGAUCUCCCAAGUAUCCCACAUUCUACUUGGAGGUUGGGCUUUUCCCAGAGAAAAGCUAGAGCAGAGCAGCCCUUCUCGCCAAGCCCUCCAGCCCCCAUGCAGCCAUAUACCUGUGCAGAGUGGUAACGAGGGGUGCUCUACCCAGCACUGCAACUAGCCGGGCUUGUGGCAAGGGCUCAGCCGUGAACUACUUGUGCCAGAGUUCCCCCAGGACCAUCACAAGUCCCCCUGAGUCUGCACUGGGCUGGCAGGGAGCCCUUGCCAUCCCUCGGCAUGUUCGGGUCAGGUGCUGACUGCUGAACUGAAUGUGGCCGGUUCCUUGUUUUGAGCAAGAAUCUGGUCAGCUGAUGGGACCCAUGGUACAGGCUACUGCUAAGCUCUGGACGUGGUAUCAAGCGUAUUACCUUCAGGGACCAGGGCUGGGCCAGCGUGUAGUACUCACAUCCUUCUUAGAGCUCACACAUCGUGCCCUUCCAUGAAUGACCCCUCAGUGUGGUGUCCCCAGCCCCAGGGCCCACCCACGCACCAGAGCCACACUACCCUAUCUAGUGUCACGUGAUGCCAUUGGAAUCUAAGGGUAAUGCAGACCAACUAGGCUACAUCUGUGACAAGCAGCUAGCAAAGCCACUGGUCUCAGGACUAGGCGUCCAGGUGCCUUCAAAAAUCUCCCGGUCUUUCAGGUCCUGGUCACUUCUCUCAUGGGCCAUUUCCAAAAGAAAGAAAAUAUGCCUUCUCAUCACAACCUGUAUUAUGAGUCUCCGGUCCUCUCUGGAGGUCACGAGAUGGCCCUUGUAAGCAUAGGGGACAUGGAUGCAGGACCCUAGCUUUGAGGUCGUCGCCGGCCAGACACAAUCCAUACAGAAACCGUAUCGCGUGUUCACGCCCUACGCGCAGAGGCCUGUCAUCGAGCCAGUCCACUGACGGGUCUCGGUGAGGACUGAGGAGCGCGUGGACCGGAGCUCCAGCUUGUAGCUGUGCUGGCCCCAGGCAGGGGAGGCGAAGCCGCGGGAAGAACCUGGAGUCCGGCGAAGCCGCUUCUGCAGCACAGAUCUGCCCUACGCCCUUAUCCUGGGUGGUGCUUGGGGCUUCUUGUCAACUGUGAAGGCCAUCUCAAAGCAUGUUUCCCUCCAGAUGUGUUAGCUGCCUGUUCCUCUGUGGUUGGGGCUUGGAGGGCACAGUUGUAUUUAUUGUGUUGUACUAUUUUUAACAUCUUGUGACUUCAUGCUAGAAGUUUUCUAUUGUUUAUAGAACCUUUUUGUAGACACAUUAACUCUAAAGCACAUCUGCAUGUCAGUAAAAAUCUCAAUUUCAUAUAGAAAGAGCCCCGUCUAUCGUUUUCAAAUUAGUGACGUACUCCAGGGUCACUUCCUCAUGAGCAUCUUGCUAAGGGAACUGGACAGGAAGAAUGGUGACUGAUGGAUGUGCUGUCCAGCUUUCUGACAGAACAUCAGCUAGAAAGAUUUUUGUUGCUGACGUACCUACACCAGGCGGCCCAUACCAUUCUGUCAUUCAUUACUGGAGGCCACUGAACCUGACCCUGAGGGACUGUCCCAAGGGAAAUGCUAUUCUCCCUCAUGGCUCUUGGUGGCAGUGUGACAUGACUGCUAGGGACCACUUGUUUUCUAUCGGCAACUUUCUCCAUUAUCCAAGGGCUAUGUUAAGUGGCGCACAAUAUUUUUGUCCAGUCUGUGCCCCCAGAAAACACCUCAAUUUGGCGUUGCUCCUGAGGUGUCGGAGGGACUUGGCCCUGACCGGCAGUGACAUCUGA